AUGACGGUCAAUUAUGUAUAUGCAGGAAUGUGGAGAAAUCUCUUUCCCGAAAGUAUAUGUCGCCUUAGAGACAAAAGAAAAGAACAUAUCCCUUACUCUAUGUCCCCAUCAACGACUGCAACUGGCACUUCCCCAACGGGCGGUACGAUUGGAGAUUUGAAAGCGAGAUUAGUACAUGCAGCUGAAAGGGAGAAUACAUCUCCGGCCACUACAAACAAUGUAAGUACUGAAAAGGAUCAUGAAGCUGAAACUAAUACACCAACUACCGAUUAUGAUCAUUUGAUUAGUGUUCAUACAGUGCAGCAAAAGCCAAUCACUCAUAGAUUACAGUCUGAAUUGUCUUGUCAUUAUUGCCCGCACAUAUCUGGAUUUAGAGAAUACGAAAAAUUGUACAGAGAAUCAAUUGAUCAGCCUUCGGAGUUUUUUGGUAACAAAGCACGUCAAUUUUUGAACUGGUUCAAAGAUUUUGAUCAAGUUUUCAUUCCUGACCCUCGUACUGGUAAACCUUCAUUGAACAAUAAUGCAUGGUUCCUAAAUGGUCAAACAAAUGCUUGUUAUAAUUGCGUUGAUAGACAUGCUUUAGAGACACCUGAUAAACCGGCCAUAAUUUACGAGACUGAUGAGCCUGGCCAAGGCUAUACUUUAACAUAUUCGGAAUUGUUAGAACAAGUUUGUCAAUUGGCUCAAGUGCUUCGCUAUUCGAUGGGAGUUCGUAAAGGUGAUACAGUUGCAGUAUAUAUGCCAAUGAUUCCUCAAGCGGUAAUUUCUUUGAUGGCAAUUGCUAGAAUUGGUGCUAUUCAUUCUGUGGUUUUUGCUGGAUUUUCCUGUAAUUCAUUGAGAGAUCGUAUUAAUGAUGCAGAUUCGCAUGUAGUAAUUACUACAGAUGAAACUAAGAGAGGGGGCAAAAUUGUGGAAACCAAGAGAAUUGUUGAUGAUGCUCUGAAAGAGACUCCAGGCGUGAGCAACGUUCUUGUUUAUAGACGUACUAAUAACCCUAGGGUUCCACGCCAAGUAUCCAGAGAUUUGGAUUGGGAUGGAGAAUUGCGGAAAUAUAAAGGUUAUUGUCCUUGUGAACCUGUGGAUUCAGAGCAUCCUUUAUUUCUCUUGUAUACUUCGGGUUCGACCGGUACUCCGAAGGGUGUGCAACAUAGCACUGCUGGUUAUCUACUAUCAGCUCUUUUGACGAUGAGAUACAGCUUUGACACACAUCGAGAAGACGUGUUUUUCACUGCAGGUGACGUUGGCUGGAUAACAGGUCACACUUAUGUUGUUUAUGGUCCUUUACUUUACGGUUGUACUACUUUGGUGUUUGAAGGUACUCCUGCAUAUCCAACUUAUGCUCGUUACUGGGAUAUUAUUGAUCAGUACAAAGUAACCCAAUUUUAUGUGGCUCCUACUGCACUGAGACUGCUAAAGCGGGCUGGUGACUCCUUUAUCGAAGGUCACUCUUUACAAUCCUUACGUGCCUUAGGUACUGUAGGCGAGCCUAUAGCCGCUGAAGUUUGGGAGUGGUAUUCCGAAAAAAUUGGUAAAAAUGAAUUGCCAAUUGUGGAUACCUAUUGGCAAACUGAAUCUGGAUCUCAUAUGUUAACGCCAAUGGCAGGGGGUGUUACACCAAUGAAACCAGGAUCUGCAGGCUUCCCCUUCAUUGGGAUUGACUCCUGUAUACUAGAUCCAACGACAGGUCAAGAAUUAACUAAGCCUCUUGUUGAAGGUGUUCUGGCGGUUAGAUGUGGAUGGCCGUCAUUUGCUAGAACCAUUUGGAAAGAUCACGAUAGAUUCCUUGAUACUUAUUUGAAACCUUAUCCAGGUUAUUAUUUCACUGGGGACGGUGCUGCCAGAGAUAAAGAUGGUUACAUUUGGAUCUUAGGACGUGUCGAUGAUGUUGUUAAUAUUUCAGGUCACAGAUUAUCAACAGCAGAAAUUGAAAGUGCAGUUCUUGAUGAUGCAAUUGUGGCAGAGUGUGCCGUCGUAGGAUUUAAUGAUGAUUUAACAGGCCAAGCAGUCGCGGCCUUUGUAGUUUUAAAGAAUAAAUCAAGUUGGUCAACGGCCUCUGAAGAAGAAUUACUAGAUAUCAAGAAACAUUUGAUUCUAGCGGUAAGAAAAGACAUCGGUCCCUUUGCUGCUCCUAAACUAAUUGUAUUGGUGGAUGAUUUACCAAAGACUAGAUCAGGUAAGAUUAUGAGGCGUAUUCUAAGAAAAAUCUUAGCUGGUGAGUGUGAUCAAUUGGGCGAUGUUUCUACUUUAUCCAAUCCAGGUGUCGUUAGGCAUUUGAUUGAUUCUGUAAAAUUGUAG